AUGGUUAAUGAUAAUAGUCAGAUAAAAAAAACAAAUAAUAAAGAAAAAGAAUAUCAAGUUGAGUUUCUCCAAGAAAACCCAGAGACCCAAAUAGCUGCCGUAGAAGAGAUCGAGAACGAAUAUAUACAAAAUACUGGUCCUGAAGAUGAGGUUCAGCCUAUGGAAUUGGAUGAAGUAUACCUUAUCGACAUACCUCAGUGGGGUGAGCUAACUACAGGGCUCGAAUUUGAGGAAACCAAUGAAUAUCAUGAAAACGCUGCUGAUUAUAGUGACCUCUUCCCAGGAAUUCCAGGCAUGAACUUUAACUCCGAAGACUGGUCCCAACCAAUGGAUACUUACAUUGACUGGGAAUACUAUGACUUCCAAUAA